GUUAGAUAAAAAUAAAGUCUUUUUCUUAUUUUAUGACAAAAUUAUUUUUUCUUGAUAAAGAAAAAUAAUGGCAAGUAAUAAAACAGUUGAAUUUUCUGGAAAAAAUAAAACUUUUUUCGAAGUCCAGAAUACCCUCAUUAGGUACCCCUUGACCAGCAUUCCUGCAUUAAUCCAACCUAGCAUAACAAUUUACAUACAUAUUUAUGAUUACAUUGUGUAUGUUGGAAUCUUGAAUUUUGUGUUUGGCUGCAAUGCUGGAUUUCUGGUCUUGGUUUUUGACUUUUUAAUCUUUUUAAGGUCUGUCUCAAAUCUUUUUAGUUAUGUACUAAUUUUAAAAAGGACAUAUUAUAUGUCCUGAGGCCUGAGGGUCCUGGAAAUUGGUUCAAAUUUCUUUCAAUCUUUGAUUAUUUGUCUUUGUUGGCAUUCUUGAAUGCCUUGAAAUUGUGAUCAAAGGUGCAUUGAUUGUCAAGAGGGAUUUUGAGGCCUGUCUAAGUUGGUAAAAUGGAAAGAGAAAACUGGAAGAUCAAGAAUCUCUUAUGAAAAAAUUUCCAUUUUGGUUAGCUGAAUAUGAUACUAGUGAAAGAUAUUGUGGACAGCUUGGCUCUUUGGUGGCUGAUUAUUAGAGGGCUUAAAUGCAUCUGUUUGACAGAAUAAAUUGUUGCAGACUUAUGGGCUGCAUUUGUUCAAAAGGUUCUUCCAAUGAUGAUAAUGUUGUUGAAGAUAAAAAGGAAAAAGAAAUACAAGUUGAUAAAUCUUCUGUACAGUUGAUUGCUCCAUCAGUAAGAGAAGAGAUUAAAGAAAUAGUUAAACCCAAUGUUGUUUCAACAAAAGUUGAUGAUACUGAGGAAACUAGAGGCCGUUUCAAGAGGCAAUCGACGAUAGAUUUUGGACUGAUACGAUCAAGGUCUCGGGUUGUAAACAUGCCUCACGGUGUAAAGGGCGAGCUGAGUGCUGCAGGUUGGCCGUUAUGGCUAAGUUCAGUUGCACAAGAGGCUAUUCAAGGGUGGGUUCCUCGAAGUGCAGAAUCAUUUGAAAAAUUGAACAAAAUUGGUCAAGGAACGUAUAGUAAUGUUUACAAGGCACGUGACCUUAAAACCGACAAAAUUGUUGCAAUGAAGAAAGUAAAAUUUGUCAAUAUGGAUCCGGAGAGUGUUCGCUUUAUGGCAAGAGAGAUUUGUAUUUUGCGUAGAUUGGACCACCCAAAUGUAAUGAAACUUGAGGCUUUGGUCACAUCUAGGAUUUCAGGCAGCUUAUAUCUUGUAUUUGAAUACAUGGAGCACGAUCUUGCUGGACUUGCAGCAGCACCUGAGAUCAAGUUCACUGAACCACAGAUAAAAUGUUAUAUGCAACAACUGCUUCAAGGACUCGAACACUGUCAUAGUCGGGGUGUACUUCAUCGAGACAUUAAGGGUUCAAAUCUUCUAAUUGGUGAUAAUGGUAUUCUAAAGAUCGGAGACUUUGGUCUGGCCACCUCUUUUAAGCCCAACCAAAAGCAGCCAUUAACAAGUCGUGUAGUAACUCUGUGGUAUAGGGCUCCUGAGCUUUUGCUUGGUGCAACAGAAUAUGGAGUGGCCAUUGAUAUGUGGAGUUCUGGCUGCAUCCUUGCUGAAUUAUUUUAUGGAAAGCCUAUCAUGCCUGGAAGAACAGAGGUGGAGCAAAUGCAUAAAAUAUUCAAGCUUUGUGGUUCACCUUCUGAGGAGUACUGGAGAAAAUCAAAACUUCCACAUGCUACUAGUUUUAAGAAACAGAAUCCAUAUAAGCGCUGUAUCGCUGAUACAUUCAAGGACUUGACUCCGACAGCUUUGGCCCUUGUUGACGUCCUACUUUCAAUAGAACCAGAAAAGCGUGGUACUGCUUCUUCUGCACUCAAUAAUGAGUUCUUCAAAGCGAAGCCCCUACCUUGUGAUCCAUAUAGUUUACCAAAGUAUCCUCCAAGCAAGGAAUAUGAUGCUAAGGUUCGAGAUCACGAAGCAAGAAGGCGAAAGGCUGAGACUGGAAAAGGACAUGGAGGCGAAGCAACUAAGAAGUCACCGAAACAAUCAAAGGAAGAACCUACAACAGAAUUCAAUACUCACGGACAGGGACAGCCUAGCAAAAACAUCAGCGUGAAAUACAAUCCUCUCGAGGACAAUAGAGCUGGUUUCUCCAUAGAGCCACCAGCAUUAAGAUACAGGAACGAAUUCACUCAUUCUAAUUCAGUGGUCCAUCCUAAUACAGCUGGUUACACGUGGUCUAACAAAGCAAAGGAGGAUUCAAGUGCAAUCAAUGAACGGGCAUAUCCCGCUUCCCAACAUGGUGUAGAGCUUCUAAGACGGGGUUCUCACAAGUCUCGAGCUGCAGGAGAGUUUUCAAACAUUCGUACAAGGAGAGAUGAUAGGUCCUCUUAUGGAGAUUCCACGGUUUAUGUGCCAAAGAGAAACAGACUCCUUCACUCUGGACCACUAGUGCCAGCAGGGGGAAGUAUGGAAGACAUGUUAAAGGAACAUGAGAGACAAAUUCAAGAAGCAGUUAGGAAAGCACGUCAAGACAAGACAAGGACCAAAGAGAACUGAUAAUUGCUCUCUUCUGGCGGAAGGAUUCUCGUAUAAUUUCACUCUUUCUGCACAUGAAAUCCACAUUUGUACAAGGCCUAAGAGGAGAUGUAUCUAUUAUCCAUUUGAGGAGUAAGGUUCUUUUCAUUUAGUGACCAUAAACAUUUGAAGGUGGGAAAUUUGCUUUGUAUAGUUUGAGGAAUUUGUUAUGUUUCACAAUGUAAAUCCAUUUCUUCUUUAAUAUCUAGAAAACUGAAAUUCACUAGUUGGUUCUGCAUAGUUUUAGAGGGGAACUAAAUCCUUUUGUAAUUUAUUCAGGUGAUUGAUUGAAAAUCUGUAGUUGAACCACAAUUGUCAGAUUACUCUACUUCAGAAGUUAAAGAAGCCAUUUUUUGUUUUUGCCUUAAGCAAAUCAGGCCAAGUUGAAGAUUCUGCAAUGCAAAUCAGUCUAAAACUCAUAUGCAUCUCUUGCAAGAACAAUUCAAGUAAAUAUUUCAUUUAUUCGUUCUUUUAUCCACUUCCUAUAUUGAAGAACAAAAUACAACAGAACCAUGAAGAGUUGGAGCUUCUUCAUCUCCACUUGUCAAGCACAAUUCCCCUUUUUCUUCUCUCUAGCUAACUACAUUAAGAGGAGGAGCCAGA